GCUGUGCAGUUGAUGUUUUGAAAUGUCGGAAGAUGUGGGUACAGUGUUUGUGAAAGUUGCAUGUCGGACUGCUGUGCAAUUUUGAUAAUGUCAACAGAAUAAGAAGACAUCCUCACAAUGUAUCUGUUGCGGGCGACAAAGUUCGGGGGUCAUCUUCAUCCGAAAAGGUUUUUUACUUCGAGUCCACAACGUAUGAAAUCUCACUACGAUGCUUUAGGUCUUACACCCAAAGCAACACAAAGUGACAUUAAGAAUGCAUAUUAUAAAUUGUCAAUGGUAUAUCACCCUGAUAAAAAUAAAGGAAGCGAAGAAGCAUCCCAAAAAUUUCGUGACAUAACAACGGCGUAUGAAGUUCUCGGUAAUUUGAAACUGAGAAAAUUGUAUGACAAGGGUAUACUGCACACUGCAGGGGCGCAGUAUGCAUCUGCAGGAACGGUAGAUGUUGAAGACGAUCCAGAAGCGAAAUUCUAUAAAUCGAGGAUGCACCGAGCUAAGCCCCCAGCACCUACUGGAAGGACACCUAUAUAUGACUUCGACGAGUGGACGCAAGCACAUUACGGUGAAACUUUUGCCCGUAAACAGAAAGAUAAAGCUAAAUAUGAAGCGCGCCUCCAAAGGGAAGCAUUCUUUUCUCAUGACAAGCAGCACGAGGUGAUAUUUUAUAGUCUCGUACUUGGAGUAGCAGCAUUUAUGUAUGUAUUGAAAGCGCAAGAUGCAGAAAAAUAUGAUGUUGUGAAGGAAAGAAAGAAGGCUGUGACCCCUGACAACACAUCAUCAAGUUGAGAAACUACGUGCAUAAUUAAGAAUAGCUUCAGUGUGCCAUGGGGACUCGAUUCUGUACGAAACUUUGUGAAGCUGUGCACCAAUCUGUACAUUUGUCAUGCUGCUGGCUUGCAUUGGCAAAUGAUGUAUAAGUUAAAUAUACUUGAUUGUUAUGUGGUCGCUGUAUGAGUUAAAUAUACUGGACUGUUGUA